GAGCAAAGCAGCCUCCAACAACAAUUAGGCUUCUUCUUCUAAUCUUACCAACCCUCUUCCAUUUCUCUAUAUAAAAAAAUAUUUAUUCCAUCGCUCAAAUGAAGUUCCAUCGUCCACUUGAAAACCCAACUUUGAAAUUGCUUAUAGAACCCACCAAAUGACUGCUGCUUCAUCUUCUUCUCUACUGGGUUCAUCAAGAAUUGGUUCAAGACCCACCAUUUCUGGACUUCAUUCAGAUUCACUCAACCCCAGAUCAAUCACCUUCUCUUCAACCCUCCAAGGUCUCUCUCUCAGAUCUUCAGGGUCAAAGAGACAGCUAUACUCACGUGGAACAGGUUCAGUUGUCAUAGCACAGAACAUGGACAGAGUUGAGGUUGAUCUCUCUCUCAGCCCCAGGGUAAAUUCAGUAAAGCCUUCAAAAACGGUUGCUAUAACUGAUCAGGCAACUGCCCUCGUGCAAGCUGGUGUACCUGUUAUUAGAUUAGCAGCUGGUGAACCUGAUUUUGAUACUCCAGCCCCAAUUGCAGAGGCUGGCAUAAAUGCAAUUCGUGAAGGUCAUACCAGGUAUACACCAAAUGCAGGUACAAUGGAACUUCGAUUGGCUAUUUGUCAUAAAUUAAAAGAGGAGAACGGGCUAUCAUACACUCCUGAUCAGAUUGUGGUAAGCAAUGGGGCAAAACAAAGUAGUGUUCAGGCAGUGCUUGCAGUUUGUUCUCCAGGGGAUGAGGUUCUUAUUCCAGCUCCCUAUUGGGUGAGUUACCCUGAAAUGGCAAGGAUGGCAGAUGCAACGCCUGUGAUUCUUCCGACCAGCAUAUCUGAAGAUUUUCUAUUAGAUCCAAAGCUUCUUGAAUCUAAACUGACUGCAAAGUCAAGAGUUCUGAUUCUUUGUUCUCCAUCCAACCCAACAGGGUCUGUUUACCCUCGGAAAUUGCUUGAGGAGAUUGCUGAGAUUGUGGCUAGGCAUCCGAGGCUUCUUGUUAUAUCAGAUGAAAUUUACGAACACAUUAUUUAUGCACCAGCAACUCAUACCAGCUUUGCAUCUUUGCCUGGUAUGUGGGAUAGGACUCUCACUGUAAAUGGUUUCUCUAAGGCCUUUGCAAUGACUGGUUGGAGACUUGGCUAUAUUGCUGGUCCUAAACACUUUAUUUCUGCAUGUAAUAAGUUACAGAGCCAGUUCACAUCAGGUGCAAGUAGCAUCUCCCAAAAGGCAGGUGUGGCUGCUCUGGGACUGGGCUAUGCUGGUGGAGAAGCAGUUGCAACUAUGUUAAAAGCAUUUCGUGAGCGGCGAGAUUUCCUUGUCAAGAGCUUCGGGGAAAUUGAUAGUGUCAAAAUUUCAGAGCCUCGGGGAGCAUUUUAUUUAUUUAUUGAUUUAAGCUCUUAUUACGGAGUAGAGGUUGAUGGAUUUGGCACCGUCAACAACUCAGAAUCUCUUUGCCGAUAUUUACUGGAUAAAUCUCAAGUUGCGCUUGUCCCCGGGGAUGCAUUUGGGGAUGACACAUGUAUCCGUAUCUCCUAUGCAGCAUCGCUUUCGACCUUGCAGGCAGCUGUGGAGAGAAUCAAGAAAGCAUUGAUUACUCUCAAACCUCCUGUUCCAGUGUAAAACAUGCAUCAGUAAUGUUUGCUUAUUUGGGUUCUGCUACAACCAAACAUGCAUAAAUAAUGUGUAGUCUGACCCAACCCUCCAUGUUCUCUCAUUAUAUGUACACUGAAAUUGUUAAAUUUGUGUGCAAUUUCUUGGCUGAUGAUUGAAAAUGAAAAUAAUUGAGUGACAUUUAUCUCUAAAAUUA